CGGACUCGGAGGACGUGUGUCAGAAAGGAAAGCGCAAAUCGAGCAUCUCUCCAAGGUGGUGAGAGUGCUGGCUCGUAAGGGCUCUUGCUUGCAGCGCUUUGCAAUGAUUCCAAGUGCCGCCACUCGUGACCUCGAUUUUGCUCGCUGACGCGGUGGCUGAUCCCUAUCUCCCUAUUGUCCGGCUAGGCGCGACGGGUCCAGCUAUACCAUGCCACCCGUGGUGAAGCCCCAGCCGCCGAAGGUUGAAUCCAGCCAACACGAUGGGUGGCAGGAGAGAAUCGAUGAACGGCUCUCUCGGCUGGAGCUCAAGGUGGACUUCACCAUGGACGCCCUCAUCAAGUCGUUCAAAGAGCAUCUUUUUCGCCACGAUUGCCACAUGGCGGAGAACAAACACGCCACUGAGAGCCUGAAGGAAGCCAUGAUCAAGAAGGCCAAGGAGGUGCGGGCGGAGAUUGCUGGCGUGAAAGAGGCGCUGGGUGGCGUCCAGUCUGUGCAGGAGAGGCAUGCAAAUCAGUUCAAGGGGGGCAAGAAGGUCCACGACGAGCUGAAAGCCGAUGUCAGAGGGUUAAAGGCGCUCGUCGAGGAAGUCUCGUCAAGGCAGGCUGCAGAAGAGGAUGCUCGGAGGAGAGACACUAGAAGGCCUUCUCCGCCUCCUGUGCCACCUCUCCCCAUGUCCGCCAUCGGGGAGCACACGACGCGAGAGAGAAAAGGGUCAGUCAAGCACCGACGCGGAGAGACACACUGGCAUUGUCCGAUGGACGUCUGUGUCUCCCUUGUCUGUCAACCAGUUCCGAAGCGCCUCCCUUCCCGUCCCUGCCUCCCGUCUGCCCCUCCCUGGCCCGCACACACCUGACGCAGAACCACUCAUCCAAUGUCAACACGUCGGCGCUAACAACAUGGAGGGCUCUCACACCAAGGCCCGAGCGGGUGUCGGUGCUGCCAGCUCCGGCAGCCGUGAAGCAUGGCGUUGAUGCGGCGGGGAGAAUCGUGAUUGACGUGGUGGCAGCCCCGAUGAGUGCCCGGGGGAUAAACGAGGUGCAGAAAGCUCACGCAUACUUAGCCCAAAGGUAUCGCCGUGCGGUAUCGGGCAGUGAGGCUGAGGGGGAUUGUGUGUUCAUGUGAGAGAGCUUAUGUGCGUACGUAUGUAUUUGACGAUUCAUUCGCUUGCAAAGCGAAUAGAAGAAGGUGAUGAAUGCUUUCUGUCUUGUUGCUUCAUUGCCUGCAGCGGGUGGAGCCUGUGACUGAUGCCUCGAUAAGCUAUACGCAGACACGAC